AUGAAUGCUCUUCGUUCUACAAAGCAAGCAUAUCAUUGGUUUGAAAACCAACAGACAAAAGAACUUUUAGAAGAAUUUCCUCAUAUGAUUGCUUCCCUCGGAAAACUGGGGGAAGAGAUUCCGUACGAAAAUCGCAAGAAUUUGGCACCUGGUUUGAAAGGUUAUUAUAUUCAUAGACUUUUAGUAAAUGCUGUAGCAAUGUGGGCUUCACCUCGUUAUGCUUGUUAUAUUUUCAUGAUGUUAGAUGAACUAUAUAAAGCAGAACGUGAAGAGAUGGAAAAGAAACUUCAAGCAAAAGAUGAAGUCAUUGAAGCAAAAGACAAAAGCAUUCAGAAAAGAAUACCACGUUCAGUACCAAAAGGAAAAGAACUAUAA